AUGGCCGCCGAAAGAGGAAAGAAAAAGAUAUUGUCCUUAAAGAAAGGGAGAGGAACUAAGAGGAGCUGUCAGAAAGAGACAGAGAGAGAGGAAGAAGGAGCAGUCCUUCCUUACUGUGGUCUCAGUAACUUGGGUUACACCUGCUAUGCUAAUGCUGUUAUACAGGCUUUGGAACACACACCUGGAUUGAUGGAAUUAAUAAUUAAAUAUAAAGGUGGAAGUGGAGACGAGUCUAUUUAUUACUGUCUAAGAGAAUUAUUAUUGCAAAUGAACGUUCCGGAAAGAGGAAUGGGAACCGUCGUCAUCCCAGUCAGUUUAAUAGAGAAAUUACAAGGUAGUUAUUUCGAGAAUGGCAUCCAACAUGACAGCCAGGAGUGCUUAAGCAUCCUUCUCGACUCUCUCACGACUAAAAAUAGAAAAAGGACGCUAUCAAACGACGAUCACAACCCUCUCCCUCCUCCAGUUAAAAUCCUUAAAGGAAAUCAAAAAAUAUCGUGCUUCUUUUCACCUAAAUUAACCACACCCGAGUCCCCGCCCCCAGCCCCUCCCAUCUCACUCCAAUUACCAGGUAGUAUAUUUCAAGGCGUGCUAGUCCAGGAGACAAAGUGUUACACGUGUGAAGAGAUACAGACGAGAGAAGAGUCGUUUAACAUGCUAAUUCUCUUCGGUUGA